AUGGCGCGUGUUGAUAAACAAUCGAUGCGCCCGUCCGCGCCUAGCCGCGCAGCCGCCGUCCCGGCCAAUGGUACGCGGAGCCGACAGAUCAAUUACAAGGACUGGCCGCCCACAUCCCGCGGCGGCCCACGGCCCACGGCCCUCCCCGCGUCCCAGCACCACUACAUCAUACGGGAAGAACAUACUCCCAGUAAAAAUCCGUUCACACUGUGUCACUUUCCGAGCGAGAUCUAG